AAGUGAGGUGGCCUCACUCAGCAGCUGGCAAAGAAGUGAUGCUUGUUGGAAUUGGUGAUAAAAUCAGGGGCAUACUUUACAGGACUCACUCUGACCAGUUUCUGGUGACAUUCAAAGAAGUGGGAAGGAAACCCCCUACUUUUGGAGAUGCAUCUGUUAUUGCCCUCGAAUUACUAAAUUCUGGAUAUGAAUUUGAUGAAGGAUCUAUCAUUUUUAAUCAAGUCAGGUCUGUCAUCUCCUACAAGACAGAUGAGAAGCCCAUAUUUUCCCUUAAUACCAUUGCAAGUGCAGAGCGCAUGGGUAUCUAUGAUGAUAUUGAUGCUGAGGUGCUGCAAAAUUACCAGGAGUACAAUCUGGCAAACAUCAUCUACUGCUCGUUAAGGGAGUCCACCACGAGUGAGCAGAGUGCAAGAAUGACAGCUAUGGACAACGCCAGCAAGAACGCGUCUGAGAUGAUUGACAAGCUGACUUUGACUUUCAACCGUACCCGCCAAGCUGUCAUCACAAACGAGUUGAUUGAAACCAUCUCUGGUGCUGCCGCUCUGGAUUACUGAAA